UCGACGCCUUUCCAGUUCAUUCCCAUAAUCUCACCCUUUUCCCUUUCAUUUUGUUUUCCUUUUUGCGUUAUCUCUCUUUAAAUUUCCAAAGAUAUGGACGGAAUUUGCAUCGACGAAACAACUUCCACCGAAUCUAAAUCUCCACCGCCGGACACCAGUCUCUGCCGCGUCGGAAGUGGCGUCACCAGUGUCGUUCUGGAUUCCGACUCCAGCGGCGGUGGAGUUGAAGCGGAGUCACGCAAAUUACCAUCUUCCCGUUACAAAGGAGUGGUACCACAGCCCAACGGCCGAUGGGGGGCUCAGAUUUACGAGAAGCAUCAAAGAGUAUGGCUGGGUACUUUCAACGAAGAGGAUGAAGCAGCACGUGCUUACGACGUCGCUGCUCAACGUUUCCGUGGCCGUGACGCUGUUACUAAUUUCAAGCCGUUAACACACGGCGGUGGUGAAGAAGACGACAUCGUUUCCGCUUUCCUCAACUCCCAUUCCAAGGCGGAGAUCGUCGACAUGUUACGUAAGCAUACUUAUUUAGAUGAACUCCACCAAAGCAAACGAAACGCUGGGUUAUCCGGUUCCGAUCGUAAACAAAACCGUUUCCUAUCCGGUUCCGAUGAUGAUCCGGAAACCGCUCGGGAACUUUUAUUUGAAAAAGCCGUAACUCCAAGCGAUGUGGGGAAGUUAAACCGUUUGGUCAUUCCAAAACAACACGCGGAAAAGAAUUUCCCUUUACAAACCGGUUCGACCGCUUCCUCCAAAGGUCUAUUGUUGAACUUUGAAGAUGGAGGAGGGAAAGUAUGGCGGUUCAGGUACUCAUAUUGGAAUAGUAGCCAAAGCUAUGUGUUGACGAAAGGAUGGAGCCGGUUCGUGAAAGAAAAGAAUUUGAAAGCCGGUGACAUUGUUAGCUUCUUGAAAUCAACCGGACAAGACAAACAGCUUUACAUUGAAUGGAAGGCACGAAAACCUUCUACCACAACCGGGUCCGCUAUCAACCCGGUUCAGACGUUCAGACUGUUUGGAGUUGACAUUAUCAAAGUUUCGCCCAAUAGUGGGUGUAGUGAGAAGAGAAGGAGAGAAUUGGAAUUUCUCACUUUACAAUGUACCAAAAAACAAAGGGUUGUGGGAGCAUUGUAACGUACAUAUUUCCCCCCCUCCCCCCCCUUUUUUUUUCUUUUUUCUUCUUUUACAUGUUAAUUUCUUGAUGAAGAAUGAGGUGGAAAGAAAAGAGAGAGAGAAGAUAAUUAAUUGUAAAAAAGAGAGAAAUUUCUAGACGAAUUAAAAAGUUUGAAUUUUUAGGUUAAUUCUAUAUAUACGAAAUUAAACCUACUUGUUUGAUUAUUUA